AAAAAGGAAAGAUCGUAACUAGACAAUACAAACAUCCGGUCUGAAGAGGUUUUAUUAUAAAAAUCAAUUUGCUUAUUUCAAACCAAACAAAGAAUGUUUCAAGCACCAGAGUACAUCGAGUCAGUAUCAGUAAAACUGUCAGAGGUUCUUUCUGAUAUAGGAGUAGAUGAGAAGAUGGUACUUAAGAGAAGAAGAGCAGCUUUACUGGCUGAAUCUAUGGACACAAGAGCUACACAACUACAUGAUGGCGACGCUACAACAUACAUCUUCGGCAGCCAGUCAGAGGGCACGACAACACCUCAACUUAAUUCAGACAGUGACCAACUAUCGUGUUUCAAUAACAUUAAUGUGAUACAAGAUAGUAGUGACUGGAAACCAGGUGUAAUAAAUUAUCUGAUAAUCCAGGAUGAUACUGUAUCACCUGGCUAUUGUCUUCUGCAACGUCUGAGAGAUGAUACUCCAUUUCCAUCUCAUACUGUACCUAAUAAACAUUUCAGUGAAAGAAAAGGAAAAGUAUUGUUAAAGAAUACAAUCAUCUCUGCAGUAGCAGUAGCAGCUGCUGUCCAUGAAGAAGGAAGAAGACACGGUCCAGCGCAAACAUUUACAGAACAACCUGGGAACGCCGAUGAAGACUAUGUUUAUGCUUUCCCCUGUAAAUCCUGGCCUCUACAAGGAAGGAAGUGGUUAGACUGGCAAGGCGUAGGUCAGUGGCCUUCAGCUGACAUGAGAAGAUACUGUGGCAGUACUGGAUGUUUCCUUGUUCCUGUUGGAAGCAAGGGCAGUGAACACGAGGAACUUGAAUGGAGAAUAUCAGCAUCUCUAGCAGAACGAUGCUUGAUGUUCAGUCUCAAUAUAACACAGAUUCGAUGUUAUGUCUUAAUGAAGAUAAUAUUGAAAACCUUCAUCAAGCCAUACUUCGAAGAUACCAUUUCAAGUUUCAUGUGUAAAACGGUAAUGUUUCAUUGUAUUGCAAAUACACUUUCUAACAUCUGGAAAGAAAAUAAUAUACUUGGGUGUCUGUCAUUGUGUUUAUUUGUCCUACACACCUGUAUUUUCAAUGAAAACUGUCCACACUUUAUCAUACCUGAAAACAAUUUGAUGAAAGGGAAUAUAACACACACAGAUAAACCUUACAUUCUGCAAAAACUAUGUGAUGUUGUAACUGGAAGAUUUAUAGCAUUACUGAGGAUUAAGAGUGACUGUCUUGGUUUUAGGCUUCAGCUUAAAAUGAGUAAUUUAAUCUUAUUCAUAACAAGUGAUAUUGUUUCAGCACAUAUAUUAUCUUCACUUGCACUCUACAUUGAUAAUAUCACAAAAUCUUGUUUAACUUCAAUCAACAACAGUAGUAACGAAGAAGCUGUACAAACACUGCUGAAGUAUAUUUUCAAAUUAGCUGAUAUCUCUAACCAGUGUGAAGAAGUUGACAGAACAGCAUGCUGCCUUCUUGCACCAAGGUUUUGUACAUCCCUGGGAACUGCCCUAGCAUCACGCAGCAUUCAUUUGGACAAUGCAGUAUCUGCAGAAGCUCUCACCUGGAUCUCCCUCGGUUUGAACACAGAUGUUUCAUCUGGUAAACUGAAGCUAGCAUCAAUUUACUACUGUACAGGGGAUACUCGAAGAACCGAAAUGACACUUAGGAAUAUUGAAAGACAUUAUGACCGAAACACUGUUGAGCCUAUUUGUCGUUGCCAUGAUUACAUCAAACUACCUCCAAGAAUAGGAUUUUGUGCAAUAUCUAAUGAUCAAAACGAAGAAGCUAUUCAGCAUAUUACGGCAUUCUGUGUUAAAUUUCUGCCAUAUGAAAUAAAAUGUGUUCCACAUGAGCUACAGUAUGAAAUGUUUAAAUCUACGAAAGCCGAUCUAGCAUUCAGACCCCCACGUGACUAUUGGAUAAAAUGGGCUAUGGUUGAUUCUCUCCCUUAUCUCUACUUUCUACAAUACAAGACCUACAGACGUCUUAGGAGAGAAGAUGACAAGAAAAGAGCAUUGUCUAACCUUCUCAAGACAACUGACCAAGAACCAAAUCUUGGACACAGGGAAACAGCCUUAAAUUUACUAGGACAAUGCAUGGAACAAGAGGACCGGGCUACAGAUGCUUUGUGCUGCUAUUUAAUAUCCUUAAAUCUAAGGGAGAGAUACAAUGUUGCUAUUUAAUAUCCUUAAAUCUAAGGAAGAGAUACAAUGUUGCUAUUUAAUAUCCUUAAAUCUAAGGGAGAGAUA